AUGAGACGUUGGACAUAUGCACCGCGUGGUUCAAAGAAGCAGCAUAAAGAAGAUAAUCUCUGGCAUGUUGUUCAACGUGAACCAGUGGAUCUAAGACGUCUGAAAGAAUUAGUACAAAAUGGAGAUAGCCGCGGCGUAAAUAGCGUAAAUGAAUUUGGUGAAACUGUUCUUUGUCUUGCUGUAAGAUCUCGUCCUCUACAAGUUACAAAAUAUUUGUUCAGACUUGGCGCUGAUGUAAAUUUGAUUAAAAAUGUUUGCGGCCAAACAGUUCUACAUGCUGCUGUACAGUCUUCUAAACUCGACGUCAUUAAGUAUUUGGUUAAACAUGGUGCUGACGUCGAUUGUCAAGAUAACGACGGCAAAACACUUCUUCACUCUGCUAUAGACACUAAUUCACAGGACAUUUUCAUGUAUUUAGCUGAACGUGUUGCUAAUUUCAAUUGUAAAGAUAAGGAAGGGAAAACAGCACUUCACCGUUCUGUAGAGUUUCAUUCAUCAAUAAUUAUCGUCAAAUAUUUAAUUGAUCAUGAUGUGAAUGUCAAUUGUAAGGAUAAUGGUGGCAAAACAGUUCUUUACAGUGCAAUAGAGUCUAAUUCACUAGACAUUGUCAUGUAUUUAGUUGAACAUGGUGCUGAUCUCAAUUGUAAAGAUAACGAUGGCAGAACAGUUCUUCAUUGUGCAAUAGAGUAUAAUUCAGUAGACAUUGUCAUGUAUUUAGUUGAACAUGGCGCUGAUUUCAAUUGUGAAGAUAACAACGGUAGAACAGUUCUUCACUGUGCUAUAGAGUCUAAUUCACUAGACAUUGUCACGUAUUUAGUUAAACGUGGCGCUGACCUGAAUUGCAGAUAUGAAGACGGAAAAACCGUUCUUCACCGCGCUGUAGAGCGACCUUCACUAGUCAUUGUCAAAUAUUUAGUUAAACUUGGUGCAAAUGUCAAUUGUAAAGAUACCGAGGGCAGAACGGUUCUUCACUGUGCCAUAGAGCAUCAUUUACUCGACAUCGUCGAGUAUUUAGUUGAAAAUGGUGUUGAAGUCAAUUGCAAAGAUAUUGACGGAAGAACAGUUCUUUUCUGGGCUAUACAUCAUUAUCCAGCAGAUAUCGACCUGGUCAUGUAUUUGGUUCAAAAUGGUGCCGAUGUUAAUUGCAAAGACAACAGCGGAAGAACAUCUCUUUACACUGCUGUAGAGAGGUAUUCAGCAGUCACUGUCAAAUAUUUAGUUGACGGAGGUGCUGAUGUCAAUUGCAAAGAUAAGGACGACAAAACAGUUCUUCACAGUGCUGUACAGUUUUUCAGAGAACCUUAUUCACCAGGCAUCUUAAAGUAUUUAGUCGAGCAGGGUGCUGAUAUUAAUUCCAAGAAUAAACACGGCGAAACAGUUCUUCACCGCGCUGUAGAGAUUUGUACACCAGACUUUGUCCAAUAUUUAGUUGAACAUGGUGCUGAUGUCAAUUGUAGAGAUCGUUACAGCAGAACAGUUUUACACCGUGCUGUACAGCGGUUCAGAAAUGUCCAUUCACCUGACAUUGUUGAGUAUUUAAUUGAAAAUGGUGCUGAUAUUAAUUGCAAGGAUAAAUACGGCAGGACAGUUCUUCACCUUUCUGUGAAGCUUAACUCACGAAACAUGGCCAAAUAUUUAGUUGAACAUGGUGCUGAUGGUAAUUGCAAAGACGCAGAAGGUAAAUCAGUUCUUCACACUGCUGUGCAAAAUGGAUCAUUAAAGAUUGUGACAUACUUAGUUGAAUAUUAUGGUGCUGAGGUCAACUGUAAAGAUAAUUACGACAAAACAGUUUUGCAGAGUGCUGUAGAUACAGGAUCAGUGGACAUGGUUAAGUGUUUAGUUGAAUAUGGUGCUGAUGUCAACUGUGAAAAUGAAAACGACAGGAUUUAUAGUAAUGAUACCCAAGAUGAAAGUACCACCGACGUAAACGAUCUUGGCAUUGACAUUCUGAAGAUGGCUGUUUGCAAUAAUUCAGCUGAUUUGCUAGAGCUUCUUCUAGAAAAAGGCGUGGAUGCAAACAAAGCUGGAGAAGUUCUUGUUGAAGGGAGACAAAUGAGUCUUGUUGAAUGUAGUGUUUACCAUGGUUAUUAUGAGAUUACGGAUAUUCUCAAGCCAGAAUUAAAGAAGUCUGUCAGAUAUCGCGAACAAAUUCAGAUGUUGAAAACAGGGAAUUAUAACGAAUUAAAUGAGGUAAUAAACACAAGUUAUUCGGUGAUGUAGUGGUUACUUAGUGUGUGUAUUUAAAGUAGUUAAUAACUGGAAUUGUAGCUUACCUGUAAAGUGUCUAAAACAGGAAACCGAAAUAUUUUAUCCUGUAUUAACCGAGAGAUUGCGAACACAAUUUUGCUUAUAAUGUUCUAAUUAUACGGCACUCUUCACUUUCCAUCUUGGAUUUAUGCUUCUCAAUUUAGUUUUACAAUAUUUGCUCGUUCGUCGUCACAGCGUGUUUACACUGCAAACCUCGACCCAACUUUCGCUUGGCCUAUCUGCCUUUCUCUUCCUUCCUUCCUUCCUUCCUUCCUUCCUUCCUUCCUUAUCAUUCUUCUCUUAUUUGUCAUGUUUAUGUUCACUUUUUUACCGUAGAUAGAAGAAGUACCGAUACGUGCUUUUGUGGCAAGAAAUGAAUUCAAAAUUGGCAAUGGCUCCCAUGCUACAUGUGUCUAUGUUGGUGUCAUGAACGAUGGCAGUGAAGUCGCUGUAAAGAGAAUGUACAGACAAGGUGGCGAGGAUACAGCAAACAACGAGCAGAAAAUCGUGACUCAAGUUGACACGACCAAGUCACCAUUUAUUUUGAGCUAUCGACAUUUUCUCCACGAUGACAACUUCAUGUACUUUAUUGUUGAUCUCUGUGAAGAAACCUUGAAGGAACAUGUUCAAGCACAACGUAUUGAAUACUUACGAAUAUAUGGCCCACAAAUGAUUAAAGAAAUUUUGAAUGGACUUGAAUUUCUUCAUGGGAAAGGAAUUUUGCAUAGAGAUCUAAAGCCUACAAAUAUCCUAGUUGAUAUAGAAGGACACAUGAAAUUGGCAGACUUUGGAAUCAGCCGUGUGCUAAAUGAAGACGAAACUACAGUACAGACAGAAGUUAAAGGAACUAAUGGUUGGAUGCCUGCAGAAGUAAUUAACGCAAUAAACACUGGAGAACAGAGUCAUUACAAAAAAAAGUCUGAUGUUCAGGUUACGGGUAUGAUUGCUUUCUUCCUAUUGACAAAAGGAGAACAUCCUUUUGGUUCUUCGCUUGAUCGAAUGGCAAAUAUUUUGAGUGGUAGUCCAGUGAACUUGGAGAAACUUGACAAUCCUAGUGCUAAGAACUUUGUUUCUUGGCUGAUCAGUCAUGGGAUUGAUGACAGACCUUAUGCUCACGAAGCAUUAACGCAUUCUUUUGUCAAUGGAGACCGGUAUGAUUCCGACUAAUGCAAAUUAAUUGAUUUAGGACUAUGAAUAUGAUGAGAUGGACUAAAGAUGCUUAAAAAGUCUCAUAGUUAGUGUUUUAUACUAGGCCUGGUGACAUUCGAUGGCGAAAAGGAAGAACAUACUGGACAGAUGAGAAUAUUUAUGCUCAUUACUGGAAUCGGAUCUAGUAGACUUGAGAGAACAGCAUUGGGCAGAAAAUUUGGAAAGAAGAAAGGGGAUUAAUGGAGAUUUCUAAUGUAGAAGAUGUAUUAUUAAUUAAUAUUUGGCGAGAAUGAAAAAAGGGGAAAGUGAAAAUGCUAAGUGUGGGGGGAAAGGUUAAAGAAAAAAGAUAUAAUUGUGUGGGAGCCAAAGGGGAUUAGAGGAGAAGGUAGGACAACUAGAAAGAGUAGAAGCAGUACAAUUCCUACAAACCAACAUGAAUCGUGUGAUAUAAGAUGAAAAGCUAACGUUAUACCUGACUAGCAAGUUUGGAUUAUGUAUGGAGAGUGCGAUAUAUAGAUAACUAACUUGAGGGUAUAAAUUUUGUUUGCUAUUGUAAGCUGUUAGUUGUGAAACACCUUUCUCGAUAACUAUUGUUUUAGUUGGACAAAUAGAUAUUUUAAUUAGUUUGAAUUAUAUAACCAGUGGGCGACAAAAGAUAUAAGUUUACACGUUAAUACGUUUACACGUUAAUACGUUUACACGUUAAUACGUUUACACGUUAAUACGUUUACACGUUAAUACGUUUACACGUUAAUACGUUUACGUUUUAUGUUUACGUUUACGUUAACGUUAUUGUGUGUAAUACCAUGAUCACCUCGAUUUUCACUGUUCUGAAAGGAUUUCUUUGUCUUCUACUUUUGCCCUGCAUGCUUGAUGAGGGAAAAUUAGAAGAUAAAGAAAUCUUUUGUAUUUUACUAAAUUUCCGGGGAAAUUUAGAAGACAAAAGCGUACCUCAUCGAAAAUCAUCGGCACAACUAUGGACGGUGUCUGACGACACCGUUCCGUACACAUACGAAAGAUCACUUUGCCAGUUUUUAUUCCGCAG